GUUUCUCUCAUACUGAUCUAAAUCUACGACCACUUGCGAUGGGCGAAGACCAUAGGCUCGAUUCUCCAGAAGCUAACGAAUCCAGCCAAGCAAAUUUAGAUGUUGGUGAAAGCCAGAGCUCCGAAGCUGUUAGAGGAGUCCUUCAGUCCCUGCGGAAAUUGAAAAAUGGGUUAACAAAAAAACUUCCUAAACCCUUCAAGCGAAAACGCAACCAACCCAUUGUGGUCCAGAACGUCGAAUUUGGAGGCGCUUCCCAGUCAGUACAUGCUUUACAGGUUCAGGCGGCCCCUUCUGGUGUGGAGGAAGGUCCUCAUCACCAAUUAAUUAAUGCUGAACUUCAGGGUGCCCGUGAGGGUACAGAAAGCAUGAAGCUACUCGGGGAACAUGCAACUUCUGUAGCAUCCGCAGCCAGCAAUGCCCAGGCAGGCCUCACUGCCAUGGAUGAUUUUGAGACGACAUAUCUUCAACCCCUAAAGAUUCUCGACGUUGUCCUUGAGAAGAUUGCGGAUGUACAUCCGUAUGUAAAAAUGGUGUUGGGGGUCCUGUCUGCUGCAUCCAAAACUAUCAUCGCUCAAGCAGAGCGCGACCAAUCAGUUUGCCGUCUUCUCGAGAAAUUGGCUGAAGUUUACCGCUUCAUGACCCAAGACGACACACUUGGCAAAAUUGAUUCGAUGCGCGAUAUCGUUGGAAAGAUCGGAGUACUCCGAAACAAAGAGCUUUUGUGA